CACACACACACACACACACUCACACACAGAGCUCUCUCUAAGUCGUCAGGCUGCUGCUCUAUGGCUCACGGCUCUUUUUACAAAUGAUAUGUGUCACGUGUUUUUGUAAAUUACAGCCGAGCGUGUAAGGAUUUUGAACAUAUCCCUCCCUCGCUUAUAGUUUUGAGAAAAGGUGUUUUUUGUUGAACUGGAAGAGAGAAAGUUAAUUUAAGAAGAGAGUAUGUAUGUCUUAUUUGAGCGGUCAGUCCGUCGCGCGCCAACCUGCAGCCGAUCCUGGACCAGCUCACUUCCUUCUUCUUUUUAUCUUUUACUGACAAGGUUGUCGUCCAUCAGUAUUUGAGUCUUUUGUUUUUUACAGAGUAUGUUUUUAUUUAACCUCUUUAAGUGACCCCUUAAGAAGUCACAACUGUACGUUCAGCGGAAGCUUCGGGGCCAAUUCAUGUUCUGGGUUAGAUGUGGAGGAUUAUUAAGGGUUGAAUUUUGCAAAGAAACCAGCUGAAUUUGAAAAACUAGUGGAAUGCGGCCCUGAUCUGGUCUUAAUGCAGACGGUUUCGUGGCCAAUGGAAACAUGUUUGUAGUCGUACAGCUAAUUGUUUUUAAGUGUCGCUAACUUCCCUUCCUUAUUGCUUUUCAUUUGCAUUUUUUAACAUAAGUUGUUUCAUUAAUUCAGUGACUUGGCGUUUGGAAUUCAGAAAAGAACAAUAAACAUUUUACACUCUUUCCAAGACACUUCCUUUUCCGUGUGUGUGUGUGUGUGUGUGCUGUGAAAUCUAGCAUGCUAUCUGAAGCGAGUUAAGACUUUAUAAAGGGGAAUUCCAGCUCUAUUUAUUAAUGCACUUCCUGUCUCACAAUCAAAUCACAGGUCUUUACUUUAGUACAAACGAUGAUUAGUGUAUCAAAGUACAUUUGUAGUCCAUAUAUUUUGCAACCUAAAUAUGACAUUAAUAAUGCCGGACUCCCCUUAGUUCAUACUGUACGUUAGUGGCGCAUAUUCCCUGAUGAGUUGGCACUUUCAAAAACAUACCAAGACUGACUGACAUGCAGUGAACCUGGGACUUUUUGGGGCCCUUAGGGGUUCAGGGGCACAUCGCCAACACUGUUCUCCAUGCAGGACAGUAUUGUGCAGCGUCAUUGUUUCCCAACAGCCGGAAGAUUUGCAUUUGUCAAUUAAAACACUUUUUUUUAUGGACCAUUUGCCCCUUUUUGUAACACAAACCUUUCAGCGUUUUUUUAUUUGAAUUCCUUUUAGAAAUCUUUCUUUCAUUCAUGUAACUUUGAAUUUAGUUGCAGCUAUCCAGUGGAAAAAUACACUCAGACCUGUGUCCUUAGGAGAGGAUCGGUUCUCGGAUCAAUAAGGUGACGGCUUGCUGGCUGGAAGCGCCGUAAGACUGAUGAGUUUGACCUGUGCAACACAAAUGACUGCUUUAACUUUACAGGAGUAUAGAACAUCCAGAACAGAUCAAACGACGUGUGUUGAUUUUGUUUCGUUUUGUGCUAUUUCGUAGUUUAUUUCGUUUGCAUCAUUGAGUAUCUGAACACCAGCUGUCGGUCAGGCGGUGUGACUCCCUCCUCCUGAAGCUUUAUAGCGGCAGCAGCUGGAGCCGUCUCACCCACCCCUCAUAUCCGUGAUGGUCUUGUCCUUGAGGAGACAUAACUCAGCUGGUAUGAUCCUCUGUGGAUGAAGUCCCUUCUGUGUGACAACUUCAGAGCAAAUAUAGAACACAGCACGGAGGAUCUACAGACACCAGGUAUGUCUCAUUUUAUACUUCUGACCUAUCGGUCCAGAUUUCACUUCUUUUUUUUUUUUUUUAGCUUUCCUUCAUUUCAGAAAAGGUUAUUAAUGUUAAGUACGCCUUAAUAAAACAAGCAUUAGACAGAGAGCUAUAGGGAUCUGUGUGUGAUCAAGGGUGGAUUAGUGUCAUUUUUCAGGUAGUUAGAUUGAAAAAAGAAAAAACACUUUGUACAGAACCCUCCACUGCUUCCUUCUCUCCAGCGAGCCGACUCAAGUUCUUUUUACUAGUUGAACCACAACAAAAAAUGAGGUGUGCAAACAAAUGAGCUAAAGAGGUGUGUGUAUAAUGGCAUCUGAUUUACUACCAAAAGCAAAGCUCAGUAAGCUUGGAUCCAUAUCCAAAGCUGAAUUAAUACAUGUCGUUAAUGUGUCUUAGUCGGUUUCUUUUUAUCCCCGACUUCACAUUGUACAUUUGAGUCAUUUCUGUGAUGAUUGCAAUCAUAAAACUGACAUUUAAAAUCAUUCCACUUUCACCUAAAUAUGUUGUAAGUAGUUCAAAGUAAUAAAAGCUCUAAAACGCUGGUGCUUUAAAGCGUAAAUAAUCUCUAAUCUCAGCAGUGUUUGUCUACCGUGACUCCUCUUCUCCUCCACCUCUCUAAUGGCUUUAUUGCAGGUAUUAGCAUGUGUGCUAUUGCCUGGCUGUGAAUGAACUAUGGCGGGAGCCGGCGUCACCUUCUUCGUCACCGUCCAGAAGAUCUACUACCCGUUGCUUUGCCUCAUGGGUAUUCCAGCCAACCUCUUCACAUUCUACAUGAUCUGCUUCCGUAAAUGCGGGAUGUCCAAAACAGCCAUCAUUUACCUGAGCUGUCUGGCCAUCAUGGACACCUUCUACCUGGUGUGGGUGAUCCUCGUUGACCUGACCCUCACCUUCUGGCUACUGCAGCCCUUCUGGCACUCACAUCCCUGGUGUGGCAUCCUGGGGUUCCUGCAGUAUGGCUCGCUCUACAGCUCCUCCUGGAUCGUGGUGGUGUUCACCAUCGAGCGCUACCUCGUUCUUCGCAGCACGGCGGCCAAGCAGCACUUCUCCCAGGCCCGGGUCACUAAACUGACCUGUGUUGCUAUCGUCCUGGUGUCGCAUCUCGUCUCUGUGCCGUUGGGCUGGAUCAACACCGUCACACCGGUCAACUUCACCGUGCACGGGGAGAAUAUGACGCAGCCCAGGUGUCACUACCGCGAUAAGGUGUACACUACAGUUAUUGUGUGGAUAACUACCUUCUUCUCGGGGGGAAUCCCCAUCGUGUUGGUCAUCAACUUCAACUACCUCAUCGGGCACCAUCUGUGCCGCGCCACAAACCUGUUCACCAAGGAAGAGCGUCGCGUCAUGCACGGGAGGAACACCAGGGGCAUGCUGAGGAGGACCAUCCUGGUGCUGGGCACCGUCUCCGUGGCCUUCGUCGUCCUCAGCCUGCCCCGCUUUGUCACGUAUUGCAUCCUCAGGACCAAGUACAACGACGAGAACUUCGACAGGAACGACUACAGCAUCCCCAUCAAUGUGGCCGGAGACUUGGCCAACAUGCUGCAGAACCUCAACUCCACCACCAACUUCCUACUCUACUGCAUGGUCAGCCGCCGCUUCCGGCGGGAGCUCGUCCAGGUGGCGACAUGCAAGGCGAAGGCCUUCGAGCUGGGCUCAGUACUCACCCACACCACCAUGAAAGUCUUCUCAGUGGUAGGUCAUAAGGCCUCGCCACCCAGUGACCCUGCGACUGUGGUGCUAACCAAUCUCAAACUGACAAAGUAG